UGCCUCCUCCUCUUCCUCCUGGCGGCGGCGACCACCUUGGAAGGUGCCCCCGUGGACAUCCUCCAGGCCCUGGGCUUCCCCUCGCUGCCCGAAGGCGUGCGGCGGGUGGGCGGCGGGUUCUGCCCUCCGGGAUCCGGGGGCCUGGGGGCCUAUCGGCUCCGCCGCCCGGCCCAGCUCAGCGCGCCCACCUCCCAGCUCUUCCCAGGGGGCUUCCCGGCGGACUUCUCGGUGGUGGCGGUGGUCCGCGGGGAGGCGGGGGCCCCCCUGUUGGGGCUGUACAGCGGGCAGGGCGUGCAGCAGCUGGGCGUCCACCUGGGCCGGCCCCUCGGCUUCCUCUACCGCGACCAGGCCGGGCGGCCCCCGCCCCAUCGCCAGCCCCGCUUCCCCGGACUCGACCUGGACGACGGAAAGUGGCACCGGCUGGCCAUAGCCGUGCAGGGCCAAUGGGUCACCGUCAUCGUGGACUGCAAGAGGAGGGUGAGGCAGGCCCUCCCGCGCGGCCCCCGGCCCCGGCUGGACACCGACGGGGUCCUGCUCUUCGGGACCCGCGUACUAGACGACCAGGUCUUCGAGGGCGACGUGGAGGUGCUCCAAGUGGUCCCGGGCCCUCGGGCGGCCUUGGAUUUCUGUCAGCGAUGGAGGCCUCACUGUGCCGCUUCCGGCCGGAAGGCCCGGGCCCUCGACGCCCCCAAGACGACCCCCAAGACGACCCCCAAGAAGACCCCCAAGACGACCCCCAAGUCGACCCCCGCCGCCCGCCGCGACCGUCCUCAGAGCCAGGAGCCCGCCAGGCCGCGGGUCGUCCGCGGUCCCCGAGGCUACAAGGGCGAGAAAGGUGACCCCGCCGUGCUGGAACCCGGCAUGCUCGUCGAGGGCCCGCCCGGGCCUGAAGGUCCUGCCGGCCCGACGGGACACCCCGGCAUCCAGGGAAACCAAGGACCCGUCGGGGACCCCGGGGAGAGGGGCCCGCCAGGCCGGGCCGGACUCCCGGGCUCGGACGGACCCCCCGGACUCCCCGGAUCCUCCGUCACCCUCCCGUUCCGGUUCGGCAGCAGCGGAGGAGGGAAAGGCCCUGUAGUGGCCGCCCAAGAAGCCCAGGCCCAGGCCAUCCUCCAGCAGGCCCGGUUGGCGAUGCGAGGCCCCCCGGGCCCCAUGGGCUACACUGGACGUCCUGGACCACUGGGCCAACCGGGCAGCCCCGGCCUCAAAGGAGAAGCAGGAGAUUUCGGACCCCAGGGCCCCCGAGGACCCCAGGGCCUCUCCGGCCCCCCGGGCAAGGCCGGACGGCGGGGAAGAGCCGGAGCGGACGGAGCCCGCGGGAUGCCCGGAGAGCCCGGAGUCAAGGGUGAUCGUGGCUUCGACGGCCUCCCGGGCCUUCCUGGGGAGAAGGGACACAGGGGUGACAGCGGUUUCCAGGGCCUCCAGGGCCCCCCGGGCGAGGAUGGAGAGAGGGGAGACGACGGAGAGAUCGGGCCUCGUGGUCUUCCCGGAGAGUCGGGUCCCCGAGGACUCCUGGGUCCCAAAGGCCCCCCCGGCAUCCCCGGACCUCCGGGGGUCAGAGGCCUGGACGGACCACACGGACCCAAAGGGAACCUCGGACCCCAAGGCGAGCCCGGCCCCCCCGGACAGCAGGGGACCCCAGGAACGCAGGGUCUCCCCGGCCCCCAGGGAGCCGUCGGCCCCCACGGCGAGAAGGGUCCUCAGGGGAAGCCCGGUGUCCCCGGGAUGCCGGGAAACGACGGACCCCCGGGGCAUCCUGGGAAGGAAGGACCGUCCGGGACUAAGGGAAACCAGGGCCCGUCAGGACCGCAAGGCCCCCUGGGAUACCCCGGACCGCGAGGACUCAAGGGGGUCGAAGGAAUUCGGGGUCUCAAAGGACACAAGGGCGAGAAGGGCGAGGACGGGUUCCCCGGCUUCAAGGGCGACGCGGGGGUGAAGGGCGACAGGGGCGAAGACGGCGUCCCCGGGUCGCGGGGCGAGGACGGGCCCGAGGGACCCAAGGGGAGGACGGGGCCCGGAGGAGACCCCGGGCCCGGAGGACUCGGCGGGGAGAAGGGAAAGCUGGGAGUGCCCGGCCUGCCAGGAUACCCCGGCCGCCAGGGACCCAAGGGCUCCCUCGGAUUCCCUGGAUUUCCCGGCUCCAAUGGAGAGAAGGGGGGAAGGGGUCUCUCAGGAAAAUCCGGAGGUCGCGGGGAGCGCGGGCCCACGGGGCCACGCGGUCAACGGGGCCCCCGGGGGGCCACCGGGAAAUCAGGAGCCAAGGGCACUUCUGGCGGAGAUGGACCCCACGGCCCCCCCGGAGAGAGGGGUCUCCCGGGACCCCAGGGUCCCAACGGCUUCCCCGGCCCGAAGGGACCCCCGGGCCCCUCCGGAAAGGACGGACUCCCCGGUCACCCCGGACAGAGAGGCGAAGUGGGCUUUCAGGGGAAGACGGGACCCCCCGGACCCCCCGGGGUCGUGGGACCCCAGGGGGCCGCGGGCGAGACGGGCCAGAUGGGAGAACGGGGUCACCCGGGUCCCCCCGGACCCCCGGGGGAGCAAGGACUGUCGGGAGCUUCCGGAAAGGAGGGGACCAAGGGCGACCCCGGCCCCCCCGGAGCCCCCGGAAAGGACGGGCCGGCCGGGCUGAGGGGCUUCCCCGGCGAGAGAGGUCUUCCCGGCACUGUGGGCGGUGGUGGCCUGAAGGGAAACGAGGGCCCGGCAGGUCCUCCCGGCCCGGCGGGCUCCCCUGGGGAGCGCGGCGAAGCUGGAACUGGGGGUCCCGUGGGCCCCCCUGGACGCCCCGGCCCCCAGGGCCCCCCCGGAGCCGCUGGAGAGAAGGGGGUCCCCGGCGAGAAGGGUCCGUUGGGCCCCACCGGGCGAGACGGCGCCCAGGGGCCCGUGGGGCUGCCCGGGCCCGCCGGACCCCCAGGCCUGGCCGGAGAGGACGGAGACAAGGGCGAAGUCGGUGACGCCGGCCAGAAGGGCAGCAAAGGGAACAAGGGAGAACAUGGCCCCCCGGGACCCCCAGGCCCGCUGGGACCCCUAGGCCAGCCCGGAGCGGCGGGCGUGGACGGCGAAGCGGGCGCCCGGGGCCCGCAGGGACACUUCGGUGCCAAGGGAGACGAGGGCACGAGGGGCUUCAAUGGCCCCCCCGGACCCAUCGGCCUGCAGGGUCUGCCCGGCCCUUCGGGAGAGAAAGGCGAGUCAGGAGACGUGGGGCCCCUGGGACCCCCCGGACCCCCGGGACCCCGAGGCCCGGCCGGACCCAACGGAGCUGAUGGUCCGCAAGGCCCACCCGGAGGAGUCGGCAACCUGGGACCACCUGGAGAGAAGGGCGACCCGGGAGAGUCGGGGUCCCCGGGGAUCCAGGGGGAGCCCGGAGUCAAGGGGCCGCGGGGAGAGCGAGGCGAGAAGGGCGAGGCCGGGCAGCCCGGGGAGGCCGGACCCACUGGACCCAAAGGCCCCACCGGCGACGACGGACCCAAGGGGAACCCCGGCCCGGUGGGCUUCCCCGGAGACCCCGGCCCGCCCGGGGCAGGCGGACCCCGUGGUCAAGAUGGCGCCAAGGGUGACCGCGGAGAGGACGGCGAAGCCGGGCAGCCCGGCUCCCCCGGACCCACCGGAGAGAACGGUCCCCCCGGACCCCCCGGGAAGAGGGGCCCAGCGGGCACAACAGGCCCCGAAGGACGGCAAGGAGAGAAGGGGGCAAAGGGGGAGGCCGGGCCCGUGGGGGCCCCGGGCAAGACGGGCCCAGUGGGCCCCGCCGGGAAUCUGGGAAAACCGGGCCCCGACGGGCUCCGGGGGCUCCCGGGAUCCGUGGGCCAGCAGGGAAGACCCGGAGCGCCAGGCCAAGCGGGCCCCCCGGGGCCCCAGGGCCCCCCAGGACUUCCGGGCCUCAGAGGAGACUCUGGUGCCAAAGGAGAGAAGGGUCACCCCGGUCUGAUCGGCUUGAUCGGCCCCCCUGGGGAGCAAGGAGAGAAGGGAGACCGGGGACUCCCGGGGCCCCAGGGGGCCUCCGGCCACAAAGGGGAGACGGGUAUACCCGGAGUGACCGGUCCCAUCGGCCCCGGCGGGCCCCCCGGACUUCCCGGACCCGCCGGACCCAAGGGGGCUAAAGGAGCUUCGGGCCAGGCCGGACCCAAAGGACAGAAGGGAUCGCAGGGGCCUCCAGGACACCCCGGCCCGCCGGGAGAAGUGGUCCAGCCUCUGCCCAUCCGGAUGCCCGUGAAGAGCCGGGCGGAGCAGGGGGACGAGGCCGGACGGCCGGGCCGCGGCCUGGAGGAGGUCCUGGGCUCCCUGGCCUCCCUGCGCGAGGAGAUGGAGGAGAUGGGGCGCCCGGCGGGCACCCGCCACAGCCCCGCCCGCACCUGCCAGGACCUGCGCCUCGCCCGCCCGGCCCUGACCGACGGCGAGUACUGGAUCGACCCCAACCAGGGCUGCUCCCGCGACGCCUUCCCCGUCCUCUGCAACUUCACCGCUGGGGGAGAGACCUGCCUUUUCCCCCGGGACGACGUCCUCCAGUUCUCCUACGUGGACGCGGCGGGCUCCCCGGUGGGGGUGGUCCAGCUGACCUUCCUGCGGCUGCUGAGCGUGUCGGGGCGACAGCGGGUGGCACGGCCCUGCGGGGGUCCGGGGGCGGCCCCUCUGCGGCUCCGGGGGGCCGACGGCCGGGCCCUCACCCCCGAAAACAGCCCCUACGUCAAGGACUUCGACCAGCGUUGCCAGGAUGCGGGCAGCCCCUCUCAGGCGGUGAUGGAGGUGACCACCCCGCUGCUGGACCAGCUGCCCCUCCUGGACGCCUUCUUCUCGGACUCGGACUCGACGGACGCGGAAGGACCCCGGCGGCGGCCCGGGGUGGAGAUGGGCCCCGUCUGUUUCCUGGGCUAAGGACCCCGGCGUCCGGCCCCCCACGGACACCCCGGGACCCCGGAGGAAGGAGAGCCGACGGAAGGAAG